GCCUUCAGAUCAGGGCCUUUCUCUCCAUUCUCCGUCCUGCCCGGAGUGAUGUCUGGAGAAAUAGUCUACGCCGAUGUACAACUUCCCAGAAAAAAUUCUACCCCUUCCAGCCCUUCCGCCCCAAUACAAUCCCAAGACUCCUCCAAAGCUGGGCUGAGGCCUGGGACUGCUCUGAAAGUGGCAUGUGCUGUGAUCAUUCUCCUCCUGGUGGCAGUUAUCACACUGAGCGUUUUAGCGGUACCCAGACGAAGAACGUGCCCAGCGGACUGGAAGCUGAACCAUGGGAAAUGCUAUUGGAUUUCCAACUCAAAUCAUACAAAAAACUGGAGCAGAAGUAAUGCAUUCUGUGUGGAAAACAAGUCAAAUCUGGCAAAGAUUCAGGACUUGUGUGACCUGGGCUUCAUUUGGUCACAGAUACCAGCAUCAAAGUAUUGGAUCGGGCUGCACAUUCCAAAAUAUAGGGGAAACUGGACAUGGCUGGACGGCUCUGCUCUUGACUGGAGCCUGUUCCACGUAAACCCCCCAGGUGGCAUGGACACAUGUGCUGCACUUUCACGAGAUGGGAUUUACCAAAGCAAUUGUAGGGGUGAAAAUCCCUGGAUCUGCCAGCAGUAGAGUCGCCCCCUGAGUCCCAGUAAGGUUCCUGCUCUCUGACUCUGGAUCUGACAGAGGAACACAGCCAGCAUCUGCUCUCCAUCUGUUCUCUAAGGUCCCAGCUUGCCCUGGGCCAAGGAAAUGGGACCAGGAAUGUCCUUGGGGUUUCGUCCUUUUCAUUCGGCAUUGAGCUGGAUGGUGACUAAAAGAAAACAGACUGUCCCAGCAAGACAAGAAAAUUGUGUUUUCAGUCCCAUUCCUCCUUCUCGCUCUGGCAUCGGCGGGAAGAACCUGAAUCAAGAAAGAGGAUGAAAAGUAUUUGAAUUCAGAUCCUUGAGCUCCCCCAGAUUUGUCUCCAACAUCUCCUGAGCCUAUUGGUGAUUCUUCGGUGGCUACAUCUACUCAAAGAACAUGGCAGGAUAUUUUAGUAAUGAGAAGAAGACUAACAGAUCUGGCCUAUGGCUAAGUGGGGAAGGGCUAGCGGCCUCAUUUUAAUUCUAGCGGCCUCAUUUUAAUUCUAAUAAAAGUAGAUUGUAGCCAGAACUUGUCACAGAAGAACAA